AUGUCGACGACGCUCGACCUGCCGGGAAUGAUCUUCCUGACGUCGAUGAAGGAGGAGCUUGAUCAUUAUAAUGUGGACCACCAUCACCCGCUGCCCUCACUACCCCCGCCACAGCAACCAGUCCAUCAUAAUGUCUGCUCUGCCUGCUCGUACCACAUCUACGACAAGGACAUUUACGUAUCCGGGGAUCGAUUGUUUCACGAGAGGUGCAUGAGAUGUGCGGUCUGCAGCGUAACGCUGCCCCCGGCAGAUCGAUAUUGGACGCGGGAGGGGCUGAUGUAUUGCAGGGCUGAUUAUUUGAAG